CGGGGAUGGGACACUGGGACAUAGGGACAGGACACAGGCUAUGGGGCCGCCCUGGCGAGGCCGAGAAGGGUUGGCCCCCACACGACCCUUACCCCCAUGGUGUUUACCCAGGCCCGGCCACCCCGAACGGGGGGCGGGAGCUGAUCCCGAUGGAUAAAAGCAGCCCCAACGGGGCCUCCAUAGCCCCAAAUCCUGCCCAGCCUGGCACGAUGAAGGCAGUGACGGCCGCGGUGCUGCUGGUGCUGGUGCUGGCGCUGGGGCCGGUCGGGGCCGCGCGGUCCCGGAGGGAGGCUCCAGCUGAGGACGCUCCCGAGGUCCCGGCCGAGGAUUUCUUCAGCCGCCACCUCCAGAGCUUCUCGGACUUCAUGACCAAGGACCUGCCCCAGCGCCUGCAGGUGGAGGAGAUGCGGAGCCAGGCAGAGGCAUACCUGGACCGGGCCAACAAGCAGCUGACUCCGCUGGCUCAGGAGCUUCGGAGCAAUGUCCUGGGGCUCUUCUCGUCCCUGCUGGACCUGGGCAAGAGCAAGGAGCAGCGCUGA